ACUCUCGGGUACGGAUCCAAAUUAACUUUCAAAUUAAAACUAAAACCUGGAAAACCCAAGCGCAGCCUCCAGCAAUGGCGGCAGCCAUGAAUCGAGCAAGGAGAACACUGGCUUCCCUUCGAGUCGCAAGCUCUCUCUUUUCUGAUCGACCCUUCACAAAUCACUCCACUCAUACUCAGGUGACUCACUUCUUCCAUCCCUCUCCCUCCUAUUUCUCUCCAUUUCGCACUUCUACAAAUAUAAUAUUUAAUGCAAACCAAAAGCUCUUCUUUUCGACAAUGCACGAUUCAGUCAUAGAGCUUGUGCUUUCAAAUGAUUGGUCCGCUAAGUUCGAGAAAACGCUGUCGGAAAGAUGUGGCUCUCCGUUGAGCCACGAAGCUGUUAUGUAUUUGUUAAAAAGGCUCACUAAAGACCCCAAAAAAGCUCAAAAAUUCUUCAAUUGGGCUGUGAAUGCUAAUAGGUUUGAACCGAAUUCGUCUGUUUAUAGCUUGAUGCUUAGGAUUUGUGCACACAAGGAUUCGAUGAAGGAGUUUUGGGUAAUUGUUAAGGAAAUGAGAGAGAAGGGAGUUUGUAUUGAUGGAGAAACUUACAAAUCUAUAUUUUCUAGCUUCCGCAAGUUGAAAAUGGAUACUGAUGCUGCUGCUUUGGAAAAGUUUCACAAGCUUAUGAUGAAAGAAAAUGGUACUUCUGAUUCGGUAAAUGAGGUGGUUGCAGUGAUUAAGAGUUCAGAUUGGGGAUACGAGGUGGAGAAAGAAUUGUUGAGUAAAAAAAUCUUGCUUUCAGAUAAUUUUAUACUUAGGGUUUUAAAGGAACUUAGAGAUGGGAGGUGUCCUUUGAAGGCUGUGAAGUUUUUCAAAUGGGUUAAUGAAAGGCUUGGUUAUGAUCACAAUGGUGUAACGUAUAAUGGGAUUCUUAGGGUUCUUCCCCAAGAAGAAUCAAUCGAAGAGUUUUGGAGUAUGCUGAAGGAGAUGAAGACUGCUGGUUAUGAUAUGGAUCUUGAUACCUAUAUAAAGGUCUCGAGGACUUUUCAGAAGAAUAAGAGGUUUAAAGAUGCUGUAGAGCUUUAUGAGUAUAUGAUGGAUAGCCCUUAUAAGCCGUCAACUGGUGAGUGUGCUAUACUUUUACGAAGCAUUGCAGCUCGUGUUCCUCCCGAUCUUGAUCUGAUAUUUAGGGUCGUGAAGAAAUACGAGGAAGCUGGGAAUUCACUGUCAAAGCCGAUUUAUGAUGUUAUUCAUAGGUCCAUGACUUGCCUGGGGCGAUUUGAUGAAGCGGAGAAAAUCAUGGAAGCCAUGAGAAAUGCAGGGUAUGAAGCUGACAACAUCACUUACAGCCAACUGAUUUAUGGACUUUGUAAAGCGAGGAGGCUAGAGGAAGCGUGUGAGGUAAUAGAUGUAAUGGAAGGACAAGGAUGCAAUCCCGAUAUUAAGACUUGGACUAUUUUGAUUCAAGGGCACUGUGAAGCUAAUGCAGUCGAUAAAGCUUUGCUUUGUUUGGCUAAGAUGAUGGAGAAAAAUCUUGAUGUGGACGGUGAUCUAUUGGAUGUAUUGAUAAAUGGUUUUGUGAGUCAGAGAAAAGUAGUCGGUGCUUAUGAAUUGCUAAAAGAGAUGGUGAAGCAGGCUCAGUUGCGACCAUGGCAAGCAACAUAUAAGAACCUGAUCGAAAAGCUGUUGGGGGAAAUGAAAAUGGAUGAAGCAUUGGAUCUACUUGGUAUGAUGAAGAAGCAGAAUUAUCCACCUUUUGCAGAACCUUUUUAUCGGUAUAUUUCAAAGCUGGGGACAGUGGAGGAUGCAAUGGAAUUUCUCAAGGCAUUGAGUAAGGGAUAUCCAUCUGUUGCAGCUUACCAUCAUGUUUUGGAAUCCUUCUUUGAAGAGGGUAGACACUCCGAGGCAAAGGAUCUUCUUUACAAGUGCCCUCACCAUAUUCGUAAACAUCCUAAAAUUUGCAGCCUUUUUGGUUCUGCAAAGAUCACCAGUUGAAGUGUGCUUGUGACUAUUCCCUCAGGUCAAGACAAGAAACUGAAAAUUAGGUUCACGGAUGAGAUUGGUGCAUGAGAACACUCUGAUUCAUGAUGGGGGCGAAGCUGUACGAGGUAAAGGCGUAAAGCUGCCAGAGAAGUAUUUCAUGACACGACUCGUUUGGUAUGUAGGUUCAUUGAAAAGCUUUGAUGAAGUUUUGGAAACUGCAAAUUGGUUUUCAUCUUUGGUUUAGCUUUUUACUAGAGAUGAUGUACAAGGAAGGCAUAGCAAGCUUUUAGCAUCCUUUCAUUCAACGCAUUAGUUUGGUUGUUGCAGUUUCACUCAUAAUAUGAAAAGAAAAUGUUUUACAGGAUUGUCAA